AGUAAACUACUACUACAACUGCUUUUCCAGCCCCACUGAUGUAAAAAGAUGACACAUUACAGACCAAUACCUUCACCUCCAACAAGUCUCUAGUUUUCAAACACGAUGUGGACUCUGGGAUAGACUCCUCAGUUCCUCUAUGAGACUAGAAACGAAUGACUUAGCUCUUAUGCUUUCUCUGGUAGUGGUGUUUUAAAGAAAGUUGAAUCUCAGUGCUCUUUAGAGAGGCAAUAAAAAUAUAAGCAGUGGCUGUCCCAAAGGAUUCAUUAUUCAAGAUAGCACAACACUAAAUGAUUAAGGAAACUGAAACAGGAUUGAGACUUGGAAGUCACAAUACAUUCUGACACAUUAUGUAAAUAAAUAAAUAAAUAAGUAAAAAUUGAAGCAUCGGUAACACAAAUAAGAGCUACUGAAGUAAAAAGGUUUCUACUCAGCUACAUACUUGAGAAUGGAGAAUGAAAGAAGGCAAAUCCUGUUCUAGUUUCCCGCUAUGCACUGGGCAGAAUGAAGGUUGCAGAAGGAGCAUCAUUAGAAGAAAAAAUUAGUGGACACAGUGUUUGUGUAUGACUUCAUAAUAUUUAUUUGCAUAUUAACAUGCUUUCAGAUCAGAGCAAGUAUCUUCCUUUUCUUCUUAGGGAUUUCUUCCCGGCUUACAGACCAUGUCCUUAAAAGCCUGUGAACCUUAUAAAUAAUGAACUUGAUAUAUAACACACUCCACAGGUUGGGGUAUUUUUUUUUUCAGUGCUGAUGUUUCUACAGCACAAGAAUUAAAGAGCGACAUCAGCAACUAUUUAAGCACAGAUCUUUACCUCAGUAAGUAAACCCCUCAAAAAUUUCUUCAUUUCCUGACAACGACAUUAAAAAAGUCCAAGUUUUUAUCCGUCUCCAACAUUUCUUUAAACAACAAUCAUCCAUCUUGCUUGUAAAUAUCCAGUGGCAUUUUAACUCAGUGCUUCCUAUAUGAUCUGGAACUUGACACUUGAGCAUGCUACCAUCAGGCUUUCCUACUGGCUGCAGAACCAAUUAAAUUGAGGAUGAUUAUACAAGAUUACUCAACCUAGUCAAUGUUUUGCUAAGGAUAUUCCAGUUUCCUUAUUUUUUUACACGGCCUGCUUAUUCAUUAGGUACAAAGGUUGAAAAAAACCAAAGUGCUGUUACACGAUAAUAUUUCUUGUCAGUGCACUGAGAAGUCUGUGUGGGUAUAUGGUGCUCCAAGAAGCAACAGAAAGUAUCUGUGUAAAACAACAUGUACCCAGUUACUGUUUAUUCUUAUGCUAAACUACGUCUACACUGAUAUUUUCACUGAGUGAGGAGCUUGCACAGGCUGCCCAGAGAGGUUGUGGAUGCCCCAUCCCUGGAAGUGUUCAAGGCCAGACUCUGAACAUGAAACUGUCUUGGCUCAUAAUCUGGGCUGGAAUGCUGCUUUUGAAUCAAGUCACUGCUGACUGCAACAUUACUUCUCAAACUGUCAUCUGUGAUGAGUCUGGGAAGAACCUCACUAGCGUCCCCACUGAUUUGUUGCAAAAUGUUGCUGAAUUAAAUCUCAAAAAUAAUAAAAUCACUUUAAAACACAAUGACACCAAGAUUCUUAUGAGGCUUUCUAACCUCACUGAGCUUUAUCUGAAUGAAAACAUGAUCACUCUAUUGUCUAAUAACAGCUUCUACAAUUUGGCAAAACUUGUAAUCCUGGAUAUCAGCAAUAAUUAUAUUAAUACAGUUCAUCAAGCAGCAUUUGCAGGACUAUAUCAACUGACAGAGCUGAAUCUAUCCUAUAACAGGAUUACUCAAUUAGAUUCAGGUGUAUUUUCUUCUCUAAAAAAUCUGAGAGUUUUGAAUCUACAGAAUAACCUUUUGGAAUCUUUUCAUAUAAAACCAUCUUUUAAACUGACUACAAUUACCUUAGAUGGAAACCCAUGGAACUGCUCCUGCGGCCUCCUUGAUUUACAGAUAUGGCUCAUUGCUUCUAAUGUGAUAAUGGAAAAUGAAAACAACACUGUGUGUACAUUCCCAAACUUAAAGCAGAAAUUCUCUAUCAAGAAUGCAACUAUUCAACCGGCUGACUGCGAAACUGAAAAACUUACUUCAGAAACCACUCUGCCUUCCACCUAUGCCAUUAAGCAUCAAAGCACAGUCUUUCUAACAGCUCAGACUUCAAACAUCACUGGAAACAAUGGAACACAAGCAGAAUUUCCAGUUCUCGGCAAAAGCUGGACCUUCCUCGUGGGAGUGCUGGGGUUUGUCUUAAGCACUACACUCCUAAUUUUUACUGCCAUAAAAUGCCCAACAUGGUACCAGUAUUUGAUGAGCUACAGACACCGUCGUCUGGAAGAAAACGACCCUGAGAUGUUUGAACAGGAGUUCUCAGCUGACAUGAAUUCUUUUCCUGCGAUAUCAGAUACAAACAAUGAGGAUCCCAUAGUAAUAUUUGACAAAACUAACACUUCUGAACCUGAGGAAGAUGGCUUUAUUGAGGACAAAUACAUAGAUACUUAUGGAACUGAGCAGAGCUAAUAUCUUACGCAAUGGACAAUGAACUGACUCUUCAAUCUAUUCAGCCUUCCAUAUUAUGCUAUUUAAAUACAGUAUAAAAGGAACAUAAGCAGCCUCGCAUCUCAAGAAUUUUGCGACAGAGAACAGCUGCACAAAUCACAAAGGUUACAAAUUUGGUCACGUCCACGUUAGUGUCACAACAAAUAUUUUGACACAUGAUAGAAUACUGAUGAUUCACGUUUGAGAAAAGGCACUAUGAUUUAUGGGAGGAAAAGAGGUUACUCCACACUGCCUGAGAGGACCAAGUCCUUAAAAGGAGGUUGUGAGCCUGAUGUAAUUACUGACACCAUAUAGAUGAAGAAGCCAGAAACAAAAAACUCUUUGUUUAAAUCACUGAAAUAGAACACAGACUGGGGGACGGAAUCCAACAGAUCGGUGCAUUAACAGGCAAAACAAAUACCUAUAAAUAUCUACACUGAAUCAGUAGACCAACGUAAAUGUGCCCACAUACAGUAAAAUGAUAAGCAGCACUACUUAUCUGAUACCUUUAUGCCUUAGUUCUUGAUCAUACCAAGUCUCUGCACACCUUGUUAACACUUAGAAAUAUAUUGACAGACAAACCAGACAUAUUUACAAGCUGCUGAAAACCACAGCUUUAGUGAAAAAUGCCUUCUUAAUAAAUGGCAAAACGCUAUUUUACAAAUAUCA